AUGUUCUCGACUACGGAGGCUCAGUCCGCCGUGAGCGGAUCACGUGAUAACCAAUCGCGUUCCCGUGAUGCGAGUGACCAGGGGCUCGGCACGUACUCCCGACACUCAUCUCACCCGAAUUGCGCAGAAAGAUGGACGAGCCGUUCUCAUUUGUACCUCGCAAGAUAUCUCAAAAAUCUCCAAGCCACCCCCUCCGACUGCCUCUCAAUCCUCCGCACCGAAGGCCGAAUUCUUACUCCCGAACACGAGAGAAUACCGAGACGGGCGGCUCGAAGGGUCUGCAGCUACAUCUGCAAUCAAUGAAAGACCGAAAGUGGUCUAUUCGGAGGAAGACUAUAAAAUCAUGUUAUGCCUUUCCGUUUCGCAGUUUGCGCUCUUCCGCGACCCUGGUCUGCGGCGGCUGGUGCAUCAGAGUACUCGCGACGGCUUUUUCCCACUGAACGUUCUCUUCACACAUCCGUGUAUACUCAAGUACGCGCACGAGCCUGAAAUGGCUGUUGUGAAAGCCCUUCGGUCUCGGGGAACGGAUAUCGUCGACGUGCGGAUGAAUCUAGCUGACUCGAAAGCCCGUGGGAAUUUCGAGGUGAAACCCAAGUUUUGGGAGGAAGGCGAUGAUGCGUGCGUAUUUACUCGGGACGACUGGGAGGGGAGAACAGUCUAUGUCGAAAAUAUCCCGGUCGCAUAUCGAACGUUCCCGUCUGCAGUGAGAUUUGUGUCUGCACUGCUGCCACCCGGACCGUCUAUAUACACGCGGAUCCAGGGCAUGUCCAUCCCUCCACAUCAUGCCGACGAUGAAGACACCGAGCCGACUCCGAAGCCGUUUGCGCUGAUCACAUUUUCCGAGAUCGAUGAGGCGGAGGCACUGGUCAAAGCUUGGCCGUGGCAGCGCGAUCUUUCCCGAGUUGAAGAGAGUUCGAAUGCUGCUGAAGCAGUGAAGUUCGGGUUCCGGGCGCUAUCGAAAAGGAGGUGGGAUGAGCUAAAUGCUGAAUAUCUCGUGUAUCGGGCCAGCUUGCUCCAAACCACGAACUCCCAGACGACGAAAUCUGACGCAGUCAUCGAAUUAACGAACCCCUCCAACCUGGGAAAGAAAUUCCACCGCGAAUAGUUUCUGCAUCGGCAUCAGCGUCGGCCGCACCAGCCUGGUAUCCCCAAAAUUGUCUGGUUUUCCUGCGGAAUAUCCAUCCCGAUACCAACAAGACGACGCUCCGAAAGUUGUUCCUGACGACUGUCGAGUCGAAAGACGCGCUCGACUACGUAGAUUUCAAUAAAAACAUGGACUCUUGCUAUCUACGACUCAUCAACCCCGAUAAUGCGCGCGCCUUGGUUGAGCACUUCACCGCAAAGCGAACCGUUCAAACAACCGGGCUAGACGAAUUGGGGAGCAGCGAGGCAGACGGCAAGGCGAUCGUUGCGGAACUGGUGCAAGGCACGCGGGAGGAGAUAUACUGGGAGAAGGUACCUGAGAAAGUGCGCUUGGCUGCGGUGCAGCGAGCGAACGGCCAGAGUUCAGACCCGGUUAGGGAUACUGGUGAGCGCAGGGAAGAUGGAGGCAGGCAGUGGAAGAAGCAGAAGAGAUGAUAACUCGCUUUUUUCUGCGGUGUUGAAUAAAAGCCUUGGAAUGCAAGCUGCGUCUCCCUUUCGUUUCACUCAGGGCAGCUCAUGAUCAUAACUGGGAUUUAUCUUGGACGACCAAAUAUGUGCCAGGUAGUCACUAUCCAGCGAGGGGUGAUUGAGGCAGCUUCCCUUUACCAAUCCGCUUGGAAUACAAUCGCCCGCCGCCUUCGUAGCAAUGGCUCACAUUUAAGAUGGGAGACAGUCACUUGCGAUCGAAACAAUCUAGAUGCCUCGACGUGUCCAUCCUGUUGCGACUUGACC